UUUACUGAACAGAGGCAGAGAGCAAGAGCCUCACUCUUCUACAUCCACAGCUUUGGGUUUAAACGGAAAACUUCAGUGUUGUUGGAUUUGCAUUCCGAUUUCAUUACCAACAUGCCUGACAACAAUUUCACUGGAGUUAUUCAAGCUGGAUUUGACAUAAUACAUGACAAUAAAGACUCUGUGAAUCACAGUGUGACUGUGACCAACACUUCCAUGAAAGCUCUUCACAGCAGCCUCACCACCAUCUUCAUCCCUACAGUUUACAUCUUCAUCUUCAUUGUGGGGUUGCCCACCAACGCCAUGGCCCUCUGGGUGUUCCUCUUCAGGACCAAGAAGAAGCAUCCAUCGUCCAUCCUAAUGGCCAAUCGAGCGCUGGCUGACCUGCUCUUCAUCGUGUGGCUCCCACUGAAGAUCAUCUACCACUUCAAUGGCAAUGACUGGACCUUCGGGGAGCCGCUGUGUAAAGUCCUAGUGGGGUUUUUCUAUGGGAAUAUGUACUGCUCCGCUAUCUUCAUAGCCUGCAUCAGCGCCCAGCGCUACUGGGCGAUUGUCCACCCACUUUCUCAGAAACUGAGUAGCCGUGUAACAGUGUGUGUGUGUGUUUGUGUGUGGAUUGUAGUCUGGGUCCUCACUGUACCGCUAUACCUGUAUGACCAGACCGUUAAAGUCAAUAAUCUCGAUAUAACCACCUGCCAUGACAUCAUUCGCUCCAACCAAACAUACAUCCCUGUUGGGUAUUUCCUGACCAUGGGCACUGUGGGAUAUGUAGUUCCCUGUGUGGUCUGUAUAGUGUCCUACCUGCUGACCUUCCUCUCCCUCAGGAGGUCCAUAACAGACAGCAGCAGGAGUAAGAAGAAAAGGAAGGCUAUAGUCCUCAUGGUUACUGUGCUGGUGAUGUUCCUGGUCUGCUUCACUCCCAGUAACAUCAUGCUGAUGGUCCAUUACUCUCUGCUGGGUGCCAAAAUUCCGAACAAUGUCUAUGUGAUCUACAUCGUUGCUCUGUGUCUGGGCAGCCUGAACAGCUGCCUGGACCCAUUCGUGUACUAUUAUAUCUCGGAGGAGUUCAGAGGGUAUGUGAGGAAUGCCCUCAUGUGUCACCACCCCCUCACCGAACCGAUGAGUGUUUCAUACAGUGCUGUGAAAACAUACACAAAUUCAUUAACUCCUCCAACAAACACAACAUCUUCAUCUACACCUACGUCUUCGCCUACGUCUACACCUAUACCUGCACUCAAAGUGUACAACUAGACUGACCCCAUGGAAGUUUCUCUGAAUGCCACAGGCAAACAUGAAAACGGAGAGCUUAAACAGCUUGACCAUGGGUGCUUAUCCACAUAAACAGAAAAUGCUGAACAUUUGGAAUCCUACCCCAUUCAGACACAGCCUCGUCUGUGACUGUCAUUUUUCCCACUUCUUUUUAGUUUAAUGUGUUGUGAGUGUGGAAUAGCUGUGGUCACCACAAGGCAGGUCACUAUGACCUCGUGGCCUUAAAAUGUGGUCUCAGAUCUUGAGUUUAUUGUUCACAAUGUAAAUGUAAAUGACAGAGUAUGAACUCGGAUUCACAAUGUAUACGUUUUACUUACAUUGUUGAAAUAUGGCUGGACACAAUUUACUAAGACAGUGCAUCAAAUACAUCUUUACAGGUAGACCUAUAUACUCCGUUAAUCACAGCAUCCUCUGGUGAGGACAGUCUGGGCUGUAAGUUCCAGAGAAACAUGUCACACUAUAAAAGCUAUAAUGCAUCACACUGUGAUGGGAUGGUCAGUGCAGCAGGUGUUUACCAGUGUUUGGUUUGGUGAAAAGCUGCAGAAAUUCAACAAUGAACAAUAAAACUGUUUAUAAAAUGUA